UAUGUUCACUUCAGUGUAAAUUAUAAUAGAAGCUGUAUGAAUGCAUUUCAUUUGAAAGGUUAUGGACAAAAGAAUCAGAAUCAGAAAUACUUUAAUAACAGUCUUAGUAAGUAUUAUGUAGAGUUCAACAAGUACUGAAGUGAAACCCACUAAUAUUCAGUUUGUAUGCAAAUCAUUACAAAACUACAAAUACAGAAGUCAAAUAAUAGCGACAUUAUCAGCUAAAAUGCAAAGAUGUUGUUUCUGAAUGUUUGGUUAACAGUGAUGGACUAUGGUGUAUUCUGCUGUACUUGUUGCAUGUCUUUAACUCUUCUUGCUGCAGUAGAGGGGUUUAGAUGUGUGGUGGGGUUAUAAUCAGAUAGGAUCUCGUGGUCACCCUUAUAUAUGUGUAGUAUUCUGUGAAUUAGAGAGCACUUGAAAACUUUACAAAUGAAGAUGUUUCUCUGAAGUUACCUUUACUAAUAUGCAUCAUAGGAAAAGCUAAUGGUUUCUUGUGUAUUCUGAAAAUAGAUUUCCACAGAACACCACAAUAUUAAAUUAAUGUGGUUAACAUGUAAUGUGUAUAUGUGUAGGGCAAUUCUUUAUGGUAAGAUUUAACCCUCCUGGUUUGUACUGAACAUCCUUGUCAACGCUCUUUUUUCUCUCACAGUCUCUUUUAUAUACACACACUCACAACACUUACACACACACACACACACACACACACACACGCACGCACGCACUCACACACACGCACUUUGUUGCAUACACCACUUAUCUGUCAGGAAACGUCAGGAAAGAGAGCAUCUUGACAGGUUCCUGUUAACCCAAGUCUUUCAUGAUAUGGUUAUGUUUGCUGUGUCAUACAUAGCAACAAAAUACUAACUUGCACGCUAUCCUACAUAUUAGUGUUAAUAACUCAUUAAAUUCAGCCCUUUUCAUUUUAAAACAUGUUGCACUUGCUUGCCCAUACUGAGGUGGUGACACAGCUGGCAAUAUAUCUGGGUUAGAAAGAUCAGUGGCCCAUCCUCCUGACAGCCACCAACGUUAUAAAUGGUGAAAAUAUAUUCAAAUAUAUGUAAUCUUGUGAUUAGAUGAUUGUGUGAGAUAAAGCAUUUUUUUUUAAGACACACUUUGGCUACUCUUGACUUUUAAGUUUCUGAAAAGUAAAAUACGUAGAAGUACAUAGAAUUUCACAACCCAAGAACACCCAAGCAACUGAGAAGAUCAGCCUUAGAAAGUGAGAAAAAAACUUCUCACUGCAAAGUGUUAAAGUGUUGUCAUGAGUGUGCAGAGACAGAGGCACCUACAUUACUGAAUAUUGUACAUAGUUGUCAGUGUGUAAGUCAUAAAGUGAUGUGUAACAGUAUACAUAAAUGUUUAAGUGUGCUAAUGAAAGAUAACUACAUUUGAGAGAGAUAAUGUCAGGUUGAAGUGCUGCAGGGCCACUGUGUCUCUUCUCCCUUCAUAUUGCAGUAAAACACUGAUGCAACUUCCCUAUGAGUUUGUCUGUGUCAGCCACUGUGAGUCAACUCCCUUCAAAAAAGAAACACCAAAAAAAAACCUUUUGGCAGCCACGAUACAGUCAAAUACAGGCGUACAGUUCCAGUCGAAUGUCUCCAAUUAAUCACAGCAAAAGAGAGAGCAGGGAUGGUACAGCGAUGGUUUUAUCUGUAGAGUUUGUUGACCUCUACUCAAGUUAGUGAUGUGAGAAAACAUUAGGUCAUGACAAAUGAGGAAUGAAUAAACAAAGUUUCACGGAAUGGGGAACAAUGCUGUCUGUUCAUGACGGCACAAACAAAACCAUCAGGUAUAUUCAGUGUCCUGUGAAGAAAUGUCUCACUCCUCUUCUUUAGCAGGGAGUGACAAAAGCUUCUGGUAGUGUUACACUUCAGAUGAUAGAAGGAAGUGCUCACAAGCUGAAAAUAGGCUGAGCUGAAGUACAAACACAUCUGAGAGAGACUAACAGACAAUGAGCAUUCAGCUGUGGGACGAGGAUUAAAUCUGACUGAAACAUGUCAGACAACAUACUGGAAGAAAUCUUCAUUAAACGAUCUCAACAGAAGAAGAAGACCUCUCCUUUGAACUACAAGGAGAGAUGGUUUGUUCUCACCCAGGAAAAAAUAGCCUACUAUGAUUUUGAUCCGGACAAAGGGAAGCGAAAAGGUUUGAGAGGAUCAGUUGACCUUGAGAAGAUCAAAUGUGUAGAGACGGUCCAGCCGGAGCCCAAUGCCCCGCAAGAGCGCAUAUAUGCUUUCCAGAUCGUUUAUGAUGAGGGACCGCUAUACAUCUUUGCAAAGAGUGAGGAUAUCCGGGCUCAGUGGAUAAAGAAGCUGAAAGAAAUGGUGCGCUUCAACAAGGAUCUCAUGCAUAAGUACCAUCCUUGUUCCUGGAUGGAUGGGGUGUGGCUGUGCUGCCAGCAGGAAGUUAAACAAGCCAUGGGUUGCAAGGUGCUGGAUAGUAAGAACGGAUUUACAUCUAAAGCAUCUCGGCGAAGGGGGUCCAGGAAACCUCUUCCACCUACCCCGACAGAGGAGAAGCCUGGUCGACCUUUACCUCCACAGCCUCCUGAGCCAUCUGCCCCCUCAGUAGGCAUGACUGUCAUAGCUGAGUACAGUUACACGCCCAUGACACCCCAAGACCUGGAGCUGAGGAAGGAUGAAGAGUACACCAUCCUGGAGAUGUCUGAUCCGAACUGGUGGAGAGCCAAAGACAACUAUGGGAAUGAGGGUUACAUACCUAGUAAUUAUGUUGUGGAAGCAGCAAAUGGGAUAGAAAAAUUUGACUGGUAUUGCAAGAAUAUGAACCGUAGCCAGGCAGAAAAGCUGUUAAAGACUGAGAACAAAGACGGAGGAUUUUUGGUGCGAGACUCAAGCAAGGCUGGGAAAUACACUGUGUCUUUGUUCAGUAAAGGUGGUGGGGAAACUGGUGGAAGCUGCAGACAUUAUAACAUCUGCACCUCCCCGCAGGGCCAGUUUUACCUGGCAGAGAAGCAUAAUUUCAACACCAUCCCAGAGCUCAUCAACUACCACCAGCACAAUGCAGCAGGUAUGGUUAGCAGGCUGAAAUACAUUGUAUCUAACCGGGCACGGCCUCCAUCAACAGCAGGGCUUGGCUAUGGCGUGUGGGAGAUUGACCCCCGUUACCUCACCUUCAUCAAGGAGCUAGGCACUGGUCAGUUUGGAGUGGUGAAGUAUGGCAAAUGGCAGGGCAAGCACGACGUUGCCAUUAAGAUGAUUAAAGAGGGCUCCAUGUCUGAACAGGAUUUCAUAGAAGAAGCCAAAAUCAUGAUGAAGCUUCGGCAUGAAAAUUUGGUCCAGUUGUAUGGCGUGUGCACCAAACAAAGACCCAUUUAUAUAGUGACUGAGUUCCUUUCCAAUGGCUGCCUGCUGACCUACCUUAGGGAGGGCCUGAAGCAGCACCCAACAGCUGUCCAGCUCCUGGAGAUGUGUAAAGAUGUCACUGAGGGCAUGGCCUAUCUGGAGUCGAAGCAGUACAUCCACAGAGACCUGGCUGCCAGGAACUGUUUAGUAGAUGCCAAUGGCACCGUCAAAGUGACUGACUUUGGACUAUCAAGAUAUGUCUUAGAUGAUGAGUACACCAGCUCAGCAGGUUCCAAGUUUCCUGUGCGUUGGUCACCUCCUGAGGUCCUCCUCUACUGCAAAUUCAGCAGCAAGUCAGACAUAUGGGCAUAUGGGGUUCUUAUGUGGGAGGUGUACACUUUGGGACGGCUUCCGUAUGAACGCCUUAACAACACGGAAAUAGUGGAUCAGGUGUCCCGGGGCCUGCGCCUCUACCGCCCCCAGCUGGCCAAUGAAAAGGUCUACAACAUUAUGACAAGCUGUUGGCUUGAUAAAGCAGAUGAGAGACCCAACUUUCAGAAGCUGACACUGACUGUUCAGGAUUUGCUGUACGAGCUCCAGUAGAUCUCAGAAUAAUCCACACCAGCAGCGUACACACAGAAACAGUUCACUCUGAUCCGCACAGAGCAGCAUCUCCUCAUGGCCCAGCAAAGUUAACACAAUCAUGAAAACGGUGAACAGCUUGAACACAGGACUGCACUGCCACACUGAGAUCCUCUGUAAUGUGAACAUGUGUAAUGUGAAUGUCAUUAUAACUCAUUGAUUAGAAUAGCCUUCCUAUCACAUUAGUGGAAGUACAGUCCAACAGACUAGCAUUUAAAAUGUGUAUAUUUUAUUGUUAUUGGAUUUUAAAAAAGCCUAUUGUUUAUGUCUUUAUUGUAUUCUGUGUAUUGUAUUAUGUGGAAUCAUUGUGAAAUGUAGACACCUUUGCAUGUUGAAACAAGCUCUGUGAGAACAUAUCUAUUGCACAAUAAAAGCCAAGUAUGCCAGGCUUUGACUGAAA